ACAUAGAUGUUAUAUUAGAUAUUGUUGGAUCAUAUGUCUGUCUUCACGUAGAUUGUUCAUCAUACAUUACAAAAACGUAAUUCUAAAGUCAUAUUAUUUUUCAGUGUACAAUUCUUUAUAUUCUAUGACAAUUCAUUUGAGUUUCAGUGACAAUCCAAAGUCCACCUUAUAUCCACUAUAAGAGUCACGAGUUACAAAUUUGAGAAAGAAGAAGAAAAUCCCUGCAAAAUGGGCCAGAAAUCUUCUUCUGUGGACUUUUUAGAAAUGUUUUUCUGGUCAGUAGUGGGUGGACUAUUACUUUUCCACUUGUUCAAAAAACUGCUCUUGUUCCAAAGAAUGCCACCAGGUCCUUAUGGAUUCCCAGUUAUUGGUAGACUUAUCCACUUAUUGAAAACCGAUUCUAUCGAUGAAUUUAAAAAGUACAAGAAACAAUACGGUGAUAUUUUUUCUUUUUCUUGUGGAGAUCAUUACGUAAUUGUCAUAAAUGGUUACAAAAAUAUUCAAGAAGUCUCCAAAAGAGAAGAUCUUUCAGGCAGGCCAGAUUUUCAUGUGUGGGACAUUAGAAAUUUCGGCAAGCGAAACCGAGGAAUUUUGUUUUGCCAAACCAAACUUCAAGCCGAAAUCGACAACGUUAUUGGAAAUCGACCCGCACAUAGAGAUGAUAAGCCAAAGUCAGUUAACAUAUCUUUUUACCAUUUAACUUUUUGUGUCCUCCUUAAUUCCAAUGUCAGUCUACCACAAGGCCUUGAAAGAUACAGAGUUGCAUGGCCAUUUGAUUCCAAAGGGGGCUGUCCUCUUUCUCAAUAUAAACGAUGCCCAUCACGAUCCUCAAGUUUGGGGCGACCCAGAAACUUUCAGGCCUGAAAGAUUUUUAGAUUCUUCUGGAGCCAAAAUUGUUAAGCAUGAAGCUCUCAUGCCAUUUGGCGCAGGGACAUGACAAUGUUUGGGAGAACCUUUAGCUCGCGACACGCUGUUUAUCGUUUUGUCAGGAUUGCUGCAACAUUUUAAUUUCGAAAUUGAUCCAGCCAUGGCAAAUAACGUUAAUAUCAAAGGAACUCCUA